UGUAGAGAAAACCAUGACUUAAAUAUUGCACGUGUUUGCUUUCCAAAACAGGGCCGUUCAAAGACUGUUUACAGGCUCUAGAGGAAGGCCACGCCAACAGCGGCAUGUAUCUGGUGAAGCCAGAAAAUACCAACAAACUGAUGCAGGUCUGGUGUGACCAGAGACACGACCCCGGCGGCUGGACCGUCGUACAGCGACGGAUGGACGGAUCGGUCAACUUCUUCCGAAACUGGGAGACGUACAAGCAAGGAUUUGGGAACAUCGAUGGUGAAUACUGGCUUGGUUUGGAGAACAUCUACUGGCUGACCAAUCAGGGCAACUAUAAGCUGCUGGUGACGCUGGAGGACUGGUCAGGCAGGAAGACGUUCGCAGAAUACGCCAGUUUCCGGUUGGAGCCGGAGGCGGAUUUCUACAGGCUGCGGGUGGGUCGUUACCAUGGCAACGCUGGGGAUUCGCUCACCUGGCACAAUGGGAAACAGUUCACCACCCUGGACAGAGAUCACGACGUGUACACAGGAAACUGUGCCCACUAUCAGAAGGGUGGUUGGUGGUACAACGCCUGUGCCCACUCCAACCUGAACGGCGUGUGGUACCGCGGUGGCCAUUACCGCAGCCGCUACCAGGAUGGAGUUUACUGGGCCGAGUUCCGCGGAGGAUCGUAUUCUUUGAAGAAGGUCACUAUGAUGAUCCGACCGAAUCCCAACACUUUCCAUUAGAACGUCAUGUGAAGGAAAACGCAAGUCUAAUGCGUCAUAACUCAGAAAACGUUGUAAAAAGUGCAAUGUUUUUUUUUAUUUUGGUUAAUUAUUGAUUUUUUACUUUGUUUUUGAGUCUUAUGAAUUCAUAAUAUGCAGUCACACAUAUCCAAAACCAAAUAUAUGAAAGUGCAAUGACUUCAUGAAGGAGACAUAACUCAUAUCUUCUCGGGAUUCUUCCCAAUGGUGUCCAGGACACUGAAGACCAAGUGAAAAUACUAGAAAAACUUCAGUCAGACAAACCUGGCAACUCAGGUUCCACAUGACCUGGAAGCUGAACAGCAUCGAGUGCGUCCUUACAAGUGUGCUUAAAAUGGGGAUCGAGUCUGAUCUUAACAGGCAUCCGGUCACCUUAUUCUCACUGUAAGAAGUCUAACCUUGAAGAACUGUUAUUCGGAGUACUUUAGUGCUAUAAAACAUGACCUGUUAUGUACCAACGGAGGCAUUUGAACAUAUAGAUUCUCAUUUGAUCUGUUUAUAGCAUUGAAUUCCAAUACAGUGUACACUGCAAUUGGACAUCUUAAAGAUAUUUCUAAUGCAAAAAUGAAAAUUCUGUUGUCGUUUAGAGGUAAAUUGAGCCUAGUCGUUGCUAAUGCAUCUGUUUAAUAGAUAGUGUUAAUGAGAUGUGAACUGGUUAAAUGAACACAUUUAAUCACAGAUGCAAAGCCUCUGAAAACUUCAGUGGCUAGACUACAUUUAGUAGCACAAAUGCAAUACUUCCUUUUCAUUUAGUUUGUUGUAGCAUUGACUUCCAAUAAAGGGUACAUUGCAAUUGUGCCUUGAAGUGGACUACAUAGGAUACAUUUCUGUCAACAUUUAGAGGUACAUCUAGUCUGUUUAUGCAUCUAUUUGUAAUUUUAAAAGACAUGAAUCAGUUAAAUGAACCACAAAUAUGAGGCCUCUGCAAAAGUCACAAAUGCAAAACAUGUCUGUCUUGUAUAUUAUUGUCUACAUGACUGUUUUAGUGUAACAUUGCGUUCAGCAUUCAUAUGUCCAUGAAUGAUUUCACUCUGGUCCUUUAGACUGAGUGCUCUUUUGAAACCAUUUGUAUAUAGAAAAUAUGAGUGAGUGUUUUUGUAAUGCAAAGUAUGGUUGUGUACUUACAGAAUUUUCCAAUAAAUGAUGUA